UAAAUAAGAAAUUGUUUAAAUAAACUACAAAAUAUUCCUAUAAAUUAUUCACAUUUCAUUAAGACAUUUUAUAAGCCUCUAUUAUAUACAUUAAUAUAUCAUGAAUACAAUGAUAGUUGGGUUCGUCUGCAUAUUCAUAUGCUUAAUUGGAAUAAAUGCUAAUGCAGUUCCAACUACAAAACCACAUACUGUCACUGAAAAACAUACUACACCAGUUCAACAACAACAAGAAUCCUUUUUUAAGAGUAUGUGGCAUAAAAUUACUUCAGUGUUUGGAUCUUCAGACAGCGGCUCCAAAACGAAUGAGAAGGGGACUGAAAAUCCAAAUAUGACUACCGUUGAGGUUAAAAGUCUCUCGCUGAAAGACAGGAUUAUUAAUAAAUUCAACAGUAUCUUUGGAGAAGAAGAAUACAAUCCAUCUAAAGACAGUGAUUUCGUUGAUAGACUAUGGAUGUUAUUCAAGCAUUGUUUCUUGAAUUUCAAAAAUCUCGCCAAAAUAUUCUCCAUUUAAAUAAAACAAAAAAAAAUAAAUAAAUCAAUUUGUUAUUUGUAAUAACAAGCCAAAAUGAAAUGAAACAGAAUCUAUUGAAUAAAAUAAAGAACAACGAAAAGAGACGAAAAAAACAAAAAAAUAUUAUUAUGUAACUGAGUUUUUCUUUUCUUCUUUUUGUUUUUUUUUUAAAAGAAAAAAUAUAUUUUCAUGUUUU